AUGUCCUCCUUCUGGAAGAAACCCAGCUUGAGGGUGCGUGACGGCGACAGGACUCGCGCUGUCGAAUUGACCCUGCGAGAGUCGCUGUACCCGAUUUGUCUCGUAACCAGCCUCUUCUUCCUGUGGGGCUUCUCUUACGGUCUGCUCGAUACUCUGAACAAACAUUUCCAGGAGACACUGAAUAUCUCCCAGGCACGGUCCUCGGGUCUUCAGGCUGCCUACUUUGGGGCCUAUCCCCUCGCACCGCUUGGGCACCCGGCAUGGAUUCUUCGCCACUAUGGUUAUCGAGCUGUCUAUAUCUGGGGACUCUUCCUGUACGGUCAUUCUCAUACCCGAGGCAAGCACGGGUGA